AUGGCAGUGACCGGCGCCGGCGGGAGAAAGCAGAUUAAAAAUGCGGUGGUGCCGGAGUCAGAUUCCGAGCUGGAAAAAAGAAACCAAGGGCUUGAGAAGGAGUUAAAGGAAAGCAAGGAGAGAGAAGAGGAAAUGAGACGGCAGUUACAUAGCACAUGGGAGAGGCUGCGCGUGGCGGAGGAAGCCGAGGAGCGACUCUGCUCGCAGCUCGGAGAGCUAGAAGCAGAAGCGGUUUAUCAAGCGCGUGACUAUCACGAUCGCAUAGUUUCUCUGAUGGAGCAGCUCUCACACGCGCAGAGCCUCUUGCAGGAGGUCAUUCCUCCAUCUUCAACCUAA